UUCGUAUGGUCAUCGGGUCACUGGAGGAGGGACCAGCUCCCUAGUUUUGGGGGACGGUGGCGGCAAGUGGCGGAUGGUCGGAGCUAGGGGAUUUCGGGAAGCUCGGCCCUUCGAAGGAAGGACUUAAGGAGACGGCUGCAUUGAGCAUCCCGGCCUUGCUUUCUUGGGACUGUUCCUUUCCCAGAGAGAACUAGCACAAGAGGAAGGAAUAAACCCUGGUCUCUUGCCAUUAGAGUUCCAGGAGAGGAGACCAUGGAGACUUUGACCUCAAGGUGCGGGGAGAGAGCUCUUCAUUCCCAAGCCUCAGCCCUUUCCCAAGAGGGAGAGGACAAGACCAAGUUUCAGGAACCGUUGACCUUCAAGGACGUGGCUGUGGCCUUCACCGAGGAGGAGCUGGGGCUGCUGGACUCUGCCCAGAGGAUCCUCUACCGAGAUGUGAUGCUGGAGAACUUCAGGAACCUGGUCUCCGUGGGGCAAAUGGAGGAUUUGAUAUCUACUUUGGGACAAGACAAAGAGACUUGGGUGACAGAGAGAGAGACUCCAAAGAAUGCACAUCCAGGUGAAAAGAAUGAAAAAGAUAUGGUGUAUACUCAAGAAAAAGAAUCAAGUUUCUUUUCACACAAAGAGCUCUCCUACUGGAAAAUCUGGGAACAGGUGACUGGUGAAUUAACUGAGGGUCAGGACCGUAGAAUAAAUCUUCAAGAGAAAGUUUUCCAUUUCUCAGAGAGUGUUUCUUCCUGUCAGGAGUGGGAUGGAGACUCUACUUGGGGUUCUCAAACUGAGAAUUUGGUGAACGGUCUUCAAGGGAAUGUUCCCAUCAAUUUCGAAACUCAAGAGUUUCCAGCCUGGAAAGCUGUAAUACCAGUCUCCGUUCAAGAAUCUGGGAUGAAAGCCUUUGUGAAUGAGCCACGAAGUAUCCAAGGAAGAUGUAAAAAACUUGACAUGGAAGAUGCACAAUAUAAAUGUGAUUGGAAUGAUUAUGGCUUUAGCUGGAUAUCACGUUGCUGUGAUGAUUACAGACUACCUGAAAGAGAGACACCUUGUAAAUGCAGUGGUAGAAAAGGCUUCAUUACAAAGUCAAUACUUUAUCACAAUAGCCCUGGUGAGAGUGGCUUUAAAAGUAAUGAAUGUGGACAUGGCUUCAAGGAUGAUUCAAACCCUUAUACUCAUCCCAGAGUGCACUUGAAAGAGAAAUCCUAUAAAUGUCCUGAGUUUGGUAAGGGUUUGAGGCAGAGUGCCCAUCUUGACAGACAUCAAAGAAUCACCACAGGAGAGAAAGCCUUUAAAAGUACUGAGUGUGGUCAGAGCUUCAGGCAGUACACACACAUUCACAGACAUCUCAAAGUCCACACAGAAGAGAUGCCCUACAAAUGCGAUGUAUGUGGGAAGAGGUUCAGGUAUAACUCAGUUCUUCUCAUUCAUCUGGGAGUGCACACUGGAAAGAAACCCUAUAAAUGUGAGGAGUGUGGGAAAGCCUUUGGUCGAAGCUCCAAUUUGCUUGUCCAUCAACGAGUCCACACUGGUGAGAAGCCCUAUAAAUGCGGUGAGUGUGGGAAGGGCUUCAGUUAUAUCUCCGUGCUUCAAGUCCACCAGAGGUUGCACACAGGAGAGAAGCCCUACAUGUGUGGGGAGUGUGGCAAAGGAUUCUGCACAAAGUCUGCACUACAUAAGCAUCAGCAUGUCCACCCGGGAGACAAACCCUAUAACUGUGGCGAGUGUGGGAAGGGAUUUAGUUGUAGCUCACAUCUUAGCAGUCAUCAGAAAAUGCAUACAGGAGAGAAACCCUACCAAUGUGACAAAUGCGGUGAAUGUUUCAGUCACAACUCAUACCUUCAGGCUCAUCAGAGGAUUCACACAGGGCAGCACCUCUAUGAAUGUGAGGUGUGUGGUAAGGGUUUCAGUUACAGUUCAGGGCUUCUCUUGCAUCAGAGACUGCACACAGGAGAGAAACCCUAUACAUGUGAGUGUGGGAAGGGCUUCGGCCGAAGCUCGGACCUCCGUGUCCAUCAGAGAGUCCACACAGGAGAGAAACCCUAUAAGUGUGUUGAGUGUGGGAAAGGCUUCCGGCAGAAUUCAGACCUUCAUAGUCACCAGCGAGUCCACACAGGAGAGAGGCCCUACAUCUGUGAUGUGUGUGGUAAAGGCUUUAUUUACAGCUCUGACCUCCUCAUCCAUCAGAGAGUCCACACCGGAGAGAAACCCUAUAAGUGUGUUGAGUGUGGCAAAGGCUUCAGUUAUAGCUCAGGGCUUCUCAUUCACCAGAGAGUCCACACAGGUGAGAAGCCAUAUAAAUGUGAGGAGUGUGGGAAGUGCUUUAGGUGCACCUCAAGUCUUCACAAACAUCAGCGAGUCCACACAGGAAAGAAGCCCUAUAUGUGUGAUCAGUGUGGCAAGGGUUUCAGUUAUGGCUCAAAUCUUCGCACCCAUCAGAGACUGCACACAGGAGAGAAACCCUACACGUGUUAUGAAUGUGGAAAGGGCUUCAGAUAUGGCUCAGGUCUCCUCAGUCAUAAGAGAGUCCACACUGGGGAGAAACCAUACAGAUGUGAGGUGUGUGGAAAGGGCUAUAGUCAGAGUUCACACCUUCAGGGUCAUCAGAGGGUCCACACUGGAGAGAAACCCUAUAAAUGUGAGGAGUGUGGGAAGGGCUUUGGUCGAAGUUCCUGUCUUAAUGUUCAUCAGAGAGUCCACACUGGAGACAAACCCUAUAAGUGUGAGGAGUGUGGGAAAGGCUUCAGUUAUAGCUCAGGUCUGCAAAAUCAUCAGAGAGUGCAUUUGAGUGGGAAACCUUAUAAGUAGACAUGAGCUGAGGACCUCUAGCUAGAACUCGAAACCAUAUUUAUCUGAGAGUCAACACAGGAGAAAAACGGUGAAAAUAGUAUGUGUAAAGGGCUGCAGUAGUGGCUGAAUUUUUCAUAGCCAUCUGCGAGUCUGCUUAGGAAUCAAAGAUCUGAAAAUUUGACAGGGUGUAAGCAUUUCAGUCUUCAUCAAUUGUCAGUUACACAGCAGAAUCACAGAAUUGUCCUUUAGGGAGUGAAGUGUUAACAGCUUCAGUAAAAAUCACCACUUUCAUCAGAGUUGGCCUUCGGGAGCUUUUACAAAUGAUAGGAAUAGUGAAACUGCAAAUUAUGGACAUUCUGGAUUCCUUGUGAGGGAAAAUACCUAUGAAUGGGACAAAUGUAGGAAAAAAAUUGUUGCCUUCCUGAAAUCAAAGUCAUAUAUACCUUUUAGAGAUAGUUUUAUAAGAAUUAAAAGAUAGUAGCAUUUACUGAAGGAGGUAACUUUUAGAAGGCUCAGAACAGUUAUAGCAAAACUCUUCUCCUGGCAAGACUGAUGUAUCUCCACUCUGUUUUCAUCAUGUUUUUCUGAUUGUGUAUUACCUCAUGGAGGUAAACCUCUCUCAUAGAGAGGUUGUGGUACACUUCAGGGUAUUUUAUUUAAUCAAGUUUAAAAAAAUCCUAUUGGGCUCUUAAUUGGGAUUGCAUUGAAUGUAUAGGUUAAUUUGCAAAGAUCUUUCAUCUUUGUAAUGCUGAUUUUUUUCCAUUUUGAAAAUACUCUUUGUUUCUGCUUACUCGAGUAUUUUUUAUGACCCCAUGGUAAUCUUUUUUAGAGAUUUCUAAAAUAGGUUCUGAAUAUUCUUAAAUAUAUUUCAAGGAAUUUGUUUUAUUGCUAUUCAUGAAUAUAAUGUUUCAGCUGACUGCACUUCAUCCCAUGCAUUUUUUAACAUUCACGAGAAAUGUUAGAAUAUUUUAAAAACUUGAAUUCCAUUUUUAAUGGAAACAUGCACUAUUAAUGAGAAUGAAAAUAGGUACAGUCUUUUUUGAGAGAGUGUGCACUAAGUCUAAGCCACACUUAAGGGGAGAGGAAUUAGUCUCCAUGUCUUGAAGGGAAGAGUAUCAAAGAACUUGUGGACAUUUUUAAAGCACCACACAUGGAAGAUUAACAAAUGAAAUGAUGGAGCCAGUAGUCUAUCUUCUUUAGAUGUGUGCUAAUCAUUCUCCUUUGCCAAUUUGGAGUCUGCUGGAGGAUGCCUUUGAGGUUCCACUGGGUUGCUUGAAGUUUACCUACUUACCAGCUGCUAGGAUUUCAGUGGCAGCAAGGGAUACAAGAAAGUUGAGAGAGCUGCAGCUGCUGUGGAAUGGGUUGCUGUGAAUGUAGGAGUGCAGUGCAUUUAUGCAAAUCCAGCAUUAACAAGUGAGACGAGAUGGGGUGUUGGCCUCUGUUGUCGUCUUUGAAUGUUCUAUGUAGAAGGUUAAUUCAAGUUUAAGGGGAUUUGGAGAGUUGUGAAAACAUCUGGGGUAUAAUGAGAAACCAAAUAAUUGGUAAUACACAAAGAUGGAAAAUGUUGAGCAAGUUGACUCUAACUGAUGUGGGUUGGUAGGGAGGAUGGGUCUGAUGGAGAAUAUAAAGUUCAUCAUGAUGGUAAGGUUAUACCCCAUCAACAGGUUGAUGAUGUACCUGUUUUGUAAAGUGGAAUGAGAGACCUAAUACAGGAUACCUACAUCUGAGGAGCUUUUGUGGUUCCAAAUAGGUUGCAUCUGUUCCUCAGGACACUCCUCAGCCUGAAUACAAAUAUCUUAAUUAUAAUUCAGGGUCUAAUGCUGUUCUAUCACCAGGAGAAAAAUGAAGCAUACCAACUUGAUGAGGUGAUAGAUGAGUAACCAUUAGGAUGAGGUGGUAUGAUUGUAGGUCAGAAAUUAAAUUCUGGCUAUUCAUUCUCGGGAGUUCUCUUGUAUCCACAUAUGGUGCUGUGAGCACCAAAAUAUCUAAACCAUUUGUUACCUUGAAGUCCAGAGUCAGAGUGUAAUAUGUGCAAUUUCGCCAUCAGGAAUACCUGCAUAUUUUCAACAUCUUGAAUUCCUAGUACUGACUGACAUUUGGUCAAUUAAAAGAUAUUUCAUGCAAGGUUAUGUUUAAGCCAUGGAGAUACAACCAUUAAACCCUCAUGGAUCUGGUUUUUUACUUUUGGGGGAAAUUUGGAGAAAGACAAGUGGAUUAAUUACAGAAUGCACCAAGUGCUUUGAAGGUGAGAAAAAGGGUAAUGUCUGCCUCCAGAGAUGACAUUGAAUCAAGACCGGAAGGAUGAGAAAGAUCCAAGCGUUCAAAAAGCUAGAGGCAGAAUGGAAAGUGCAAAGGAACUAAAGUAGGACCCUGUUUUAUGGCAAUAGGAAAGAAGCCAAACUGAUGGAAACAUACUGAAUGGGGGAGAGUGUAUGAGAUGUGGUUGGAGGAGGAGGUUAAUGUGGUAGAAUAAUAAUGACUGCUAAUUCUUUCCUGUUACUGUUGUUCAGAGGUGGAGUCUAGUUCCCAUCCCCUUGAAUCUGGGCUGGUCUUAACUAAUUUGACCAACAGAAGACAGCAGAAGUUAUAGUUUCCAGUUUCUAGGGCCAAGUCUUAAAGUCUGCUUCUUGUCUUCUGGAGCACUCAUUCUCGGAGCCCUGCCAUACCUGCCAAAGCAUCAGGCAUGUGAGUGAAGCUAUUUUGGCCCAUCAGACCAGAACUACUGAAUACCUCUUGGUGAUUCCAGUGGGUGCCAUGCAAAACAAGUCAGCCCUGCCAAGCUUGACCUGAAUUCCCCACCCAUAAAAUCAUGAGAUACAGUAAAAUGAUAAUUAUGAACCACUCAGUUUAGAGGUUGUUUGUUAGGCAGCAAUAGAUAACUCCAAAGGUGAAGAACAUUAUGCAGGGGUUUGUAGGCCCUGAAAGGGGUUUUUAAGCAAAAGAAUGAUAGUCCAAUUUGUGAUUUGAGAAAAAAAUCACUGACCUAUGUGUGGAGAAUAGAUUUGUGGAGGGACUAAGCUAGAAACAUGGAGAACAGUUAGGAGGGUAUUCCAGUAAUCCUGAUGAGAGAGGGAAGUAGCUUGGACUAGGGUAGUGAUGGAAACAGAAGUGGACAGUUUUGAGACAUAUUUUGGAAGCAAAAUGGAAAUUUCUGGCAGAUUGGAUGUGAAGAUUGAGGGAAAGCAUGGAAUCAAGGAUGAUUCAUGAGAUUUUGGCUUUAGAAUCUAGGUACAUAAUGGUGAUAUUUGCUGAGUGACAGAGAAGAUAGAUGAAGGCAGAUGACAACUUAGUUCCAUUUUGGACCUAAUAACUUCAAAAUUCUUAUUAGACAUCCAAAUAAAGAUGUCAAGUAUUUACUCUUCAUCUUACAAUGUUUUCUCUGGUCUUUUCCCAAUACCUGAAUCAUUUGAUCCUAUAGUUAGCAAUUAGUCAUUUCCGAAUAAAGACAAGUGGGAAAGCUUUUAAUGUUUUCUUUUAGUAGCCAUCUAGUGUUAUAAUCAUGGCACCAGCAUCCUAUAAUACAUAGCAUCUUCUGGCUAACCCUGUAAAAGUCCAUCUGGAAUGUAGGAACCUAAAACAGCCCUAGUUAGCAGGAAUGUAGCUAGCUCUCUGCUAGAGCCUACUUCUUUGGAAAGUAGAUGCAGGUAGAGGGUCAAUAAAUGGGGUAGUCCUCCUUAGAAUGGUACCCAUUGACCAAAAGGAGUCUGAGAUCUCAAGUGUAAGGCCGAACUAAGCAUGUGUGCAAUAAGAUCAGGGCAGAGUAAACCAUUUUGACCAGAAGACUGGAAAGACUUCUUCAGGAAGUCACUAGGGCUAUUAUGGUCUCAGAGUGGUGAAUGAAGUGAUGAUACCAUCUUGUGAACCCCAGAAGUCACAUGUCUGAGAGUAUCUAGGAGAUGAGAGAAGGAAGAAGUGAGACUCCACCACCGCCCCCACUUCAACUCCUGAGCCACAAGUAUCUCAUGCAUAUCAUGAGGAGAUCAGAACAUGGUUCAAAACUCCUUCACAACUUAAAAAAUUCAAGAUACACAACAAUUUAAUAUGUUCUCAUUUGUGGGGGAAUAAAUAUUUGUGCAGCUACAUGUAUACAAAGGGGACUUAGGAUGGGAAAGGAAACUUAUUUUUCAUUGUACACAUUUGCUGGAUUUUUAACUCUGAAAAAAAAAACCAUCUAGCAAAUAAAAUAUUCGUUUGGGUCUAAAAAAGCAUUCCAGCGCUCUCCAAUAUACAACCCUCAGGGUUGGGGCGGAAGUAUUAUCACAAAAGGCAACUAGGGUCUGUUGGGAUCAAGGCAUCAAGGGCCAUCAGGUCAGGGAAAUAGACCAGGAUUCUACCUAAUUGUCACAUGUUAGGUUCAUCAACUGCUGAAAGAGCCAGAACAUUAUAGCAGUCAGAUGGCCUCUCACGGAACAAGGUGUCUAGAAGGCUGUGCCAGUUUGGAUCUGUUAUGACCCCCCACAAAUGCCAUGUGUUCUUUAAUGCAGUCUUGUGGGGGCAGACUUGUUAGUCUUUUGAUUAGGGUGGGACCUUUUGAUUAGGUUGUUUCCAUGGAGAUGUGACCCACCCAAUUGUAGGUGAGAUAUU